ACCAAAUCCCAUCCAUGUGUCAACUUAAUUUAAGGGCUUAGAUUUUUCAUUUCCCCCCAAAUCCUAAUACUCUCAGGCACCGACCUGAUGCUCUGUCUCAUCUCUCGUUUUCGCUCUCAUUGUUAAUCACAGGAAAAACUAGGACCGGACUUGUCUUUAGAUCAAAGGAAUGGUAAUUCAGAAACCGGACUAGCCUCAGGUACUUAUCACUCUAGCCGACAAUCUCCUUCAUAUGUAGAUUCAGCGAAUGCAGUUGACCGAAGUUCCCUGACUAAUUGAGAGCUCCAUCUAAGAGGCAAGUCUCUCCCGAAAAGCUUCACCGCGCAGCCUUAUUAAGAAGCAGAUUUGCUGAUACUUAAAGCUCAAGAAAAGGCACUUCAAUCUAUGAUGGAUGCAACACAAACCGCAGAAAAUGAGAUCCAUAAUAUUGAGCAUAUGGGAAAUUCUGAGAAUAACGUCGUAGAAGAUGCUAAUCUAGAAACAAGCUUAGAUAAUGCUUCACCGGAUGAUGUUCCUAAUGUGAAUGAGCAUCAUGACCUUUAUCCUCGUAUUGGAUUAGAAUUCGACUCUCUUGAUGAUGUUAAAAAGUUCUACAAAGCAUUUGCUAAGAAAGAGGGCUUUGGAUUUCGUAUCCGUUCAAGUAAGCCUAAUUCAUGCAUACUUGUAUGUUCUAAUGAAGGUCAACAUGUAAGCAAGAGUAAUGAUGCUGAAGAAAGUAAUGCUACCAUGAAGAAAGUCAGGAAAAGGUGCUCAACUUCAAGAACCGAUUGUAAGGCUUCGCUUGUAGUUUCAAAGGCGAGAAAGAGACAUAAUUGGGCUAUCGUUAGUUUUAAUAAUGAUCAUAAUCAUAUUAUGGUUAGCCCUAAGAGUGUGAAGUAUCUGAGGUGUCAUAAAGAAGGGAUGAGUGUAGCGGCAAAGAACCUUGUUGAAAAGUUUCAUCAAGAUGGAUUACCUACUGGGAAAGUUGCUACAAUGUUUAACAAUGGAAGCUCAUCCUUUUCUAAAAGGGAUUGUUGGAAUCAUCUUAGAAAUGUUCGAUCUCGGAAGCUAGAGGUUGGGGAUGCUAAUAAGAAUGUUGGAUUUGUUGGAGGUGAAACAAAUCUUGUAUCGGAGCGUGAUGAUUUAGCAACUUUGCGUGGUAUGCAUGUCCAUAGGCUACUAAUGUCAUUAGCUGAUCUUGCUGCAAAAUCUGAAAAAAUAGACAAGUUUAUAUCAUCACAGUUAGAAGAAAUUUACAAAAAGGCUUCAAUGAUGGUUUCUGAAAUGCAAAGCAGUAAGGAUAUACUUCUUUCAGAAACAAGCUGUCAAGGUUUUAUCAUGGAUGAGCAAGUAAAUGAAGAGCCUGAGUUAAAUAUUAAAGAUCCAAUUAUGUCACAAACCAGAAGAACCAAAAGUAGUCUAGAGUUGUCAAUGAAUCGACCAUCAGUAAACAAAGAUCAUGCCAAAUAUGUGGAGAACAUGGACACAAUCGAUGAAGUUGCAAGCAAAAGUUAAGUGAUGAAUCAAGCUAUCAGAUGGCUUAGUUGAGAUGCUGUUACAGGAUUUAGUGCUUCUAUUUUACUUAGGUGUUGUAAAGAGAUGAGUGCAGCGGCGAAGAACUCGAGCAAAAAGGGGCUUGUUUCAAGUUUUUCUGCAUAAGCUUCCAAGCCAGUUUCAAUGCUGGCGGAAUAAUGCUCUUCAAUUGUAAAAUUGAAACUUAUUUGUUUUGUUUUUCAUUUCAACAAAAAAAAAAUCCAAUAUUGUAAUUUCACUGCAUUUAUAUAUUGCUGCCGUACUUUUAGUUUCUGUUGGCAAAUAGUUAGUGCCAGAACCUUUGCCCAUUAAGAGACAUCAGAUGAACACAUAGGUUUGGUUUUUCAUCUUUAGAAUCCAAUCAAACACAAAUUUCAAUUUUUUCAGAGUUUUUAUUGACUUGAAUCGGUAUGAAUAUGAUCACUCUUAGUC